CACAUCGGUUUUGGCCGGGUCGGGUCGGUUUUUUAAACAUAGCUUUGGUAUGGUAGAGACAUUUUUGAGAGGAGCAUUUUCCGCCUUCCAGCUCAAUAUCUGAGAUUUCAUAAUCUCCAUCGCGGCACUUCUCUAGGUCGAUCAAUAGGCAGCAAUCCAGGCAAUUUGAUCGCAGCAAUCCAGGUGAUUUGAUCGCAGCAAUCCAGAUGUGGUCUGUAUUUGUCCUCUUCAACAAAUUUUCGGGACCAAAAGAGGAAAAGGUUCUAAAAUCAGAUGUGGACAAAUUGGAUUUGAUUGGGGACUUCCCUUUCAUUCAUUCUCCAAAUGAUACGUACUUAUCCCGAUCAUUUUCCAUCGAAGUCCCACACAUCAACCAACUGCAUACUUGGGAUUGUGGUCUUGCCUGUGUUGCAAUGGUUUUGAGAACUCUUGGCUUCGUUGAUUGUACUACUGGGGAACUAGAAGAGCUAUGUUGUACAAGAAGUGUUUGGACAGUUGAUCUGGCAUAUUUACUGCAGAAAUAUUCUGCUGAUUUUUACUAUUUUACAGUCACGUUAGGAGCUAACCCAAAUUUUAGUAUGGAGACAUUUUACAAGGAGCAAUUACCCUCUGAUCUCGUACGUGUCAAUAUGUUGUUUCGAAGGGCACGUGAAGCUGGCAUUAAUAUUGAGUGCAGGUCAAUUAGUGCUGAAGAGAUGUCCCUAUUAAUAUUAUCAAGAAACUAUAUUGCAAUUGCUUUAGUUGACCAAUUCAAGCUAAGUCAUUCUUGGCUGGAGGACCUUUGUGUUGCAAGCAUUUGCAAUGAUAGGCCUGGGUAUAUUGGUCACUAUGUUGUCAUUUGUGGCUAUGAUGAGGACACAGACACAUUUGAGAUCCGAGAUCCAGCAAGCUCACAGAAGCAUGAAAGAGUAAGUUCAAGGUGUCUUGAAGAGGCUCGCAAAUCCUUUGGCACUGAUGAGGAUCUACUAUUGAUACGUCUGACCAACGACAAUCCAAAUAGCCCCUAAGUAGUCUUAGCCUCACAUUGUUGCUGCUUUAGGUGUUGGUUGAUACAUUCAUGAUCCAUAAUUUGAUGGCCCCAAACCAUAUAUACCCGUAAAAACUCAGUCAUGUAUAGCUUUGUGGCGACCUCCAGCCUGAGGGUCGCUUGGGAAAAAAUGUACAUUACUAUAUUUAUUGCUUGGAUGAAUAAAAUGCAGUUCUUUUUUUAUCAUCAAUGAUGGAAAUCUUUUUUUCUAAUACAUGCGGG